AUGCAACUAAUGACUAAUAUUGUUCCUAAAACGAAGGGGCUUAUGGCCAGUGACAUACUGGCUGAGGCGUUGCGUGAUAUGGACAAAAUUAUACGAGCUACAGAAUCUGCCAAAGUAACCCAUUUACUCUGUGACCCUAAUGUGGCUACUAAUUGGCAAUUCCGUGGUGAUUCUCACUGGAAGACUGCGAAUUUUGUACACAAAAAUGAUCCAAAAAGAUUGUCAGAGCAGCGGAUAGACUCAUUCAUCUCUCUCAUUAAAUUUAUAAUUAACAACCCAAAAGACUCCUCUGUGAUAUAUUCUAAUUUGUCUGUGGACCACAAGAGGUUACUUAUCCGUUUACUCGGAGAAUUGCAACUGGCUCUCGAUGCGGAACCUUCCAAGCAGAAAGCAGUGAGCAAAAUGAAAAUCUUCAGGUCUGCGACGUCUCCCAACCCGUUCACCGAGUCACCGAACUCGCCAAGCAUGCCCCCCAACGUAACCCUAGCCGGUGAUCUGAAUGGCCACGAUCAUCAGUCCGCAUGUAGCCCGAACUUGCAUAGUCCGACCCUACCGCUUUCAAACAAAGGAGCUGACUGGAAGCAAAGUCAACCAGCUGGACUCUGUGUGAAUGGCACGGACAGUUUGGACAAUCUCAAUUUAUUGACCGAGUUGGUUAGGCAACAGACGCAAAUUGCUAAUCUGGAGAAAGCGAAGCGUGAGUUAGAGGUUCAGCUGCUGGAUCUUCGAGAACGGUUCGCUGAGCUAAGCAAACCGACGAAACAGCAUACGGUGUGCACAGGAUCAGAGAACAAUCACUUUCAGCACCCACUAGAUGAGGCGCAAAACAGCUUGUAUGAACCGAAACAACAGCCGUGGUCCAACGGACAGAAAUUUAAUACCUCCAGCAGUCCCGUUACCUCAGAUACCAACGUCCUCCUAGCGAAGCAAAUGGAUGACGAAGAGCGAAACAGAUUGGCUAACACACCAUCCUACGUGACAUUUCCAAAUUCUCCUCAGGGAUUGUCUGCUCCCACCACUGUUUCCAAUUUUCCAUUGGUCCAAUUCUCUCUAGCUCCACCUGGACAAUCCCGCACUCCUACGCGCGGAGAUAAUUCCAUCAAUCACAAUCCAUAUAAGUCCGUAAGCUUGAGUGAGCUGCAUCAUACACAAUUUGAUUUCCUGGACACUCAGCCUUUCGCACCUUCGGUCCUUCCCCAAUUCACCCUCAAGAAAUCAAAAAUUACCGGGCAUGGUACCUCAGUUUCCCCUUCGUUGAGCACUGUACCAGUGGCCUCUGCAGCAAGCACCGGGACGACCCAUUUGCCGCCACAAUACGCUAAUGGCUGCCACAGACAGACGCACCUGUUCAACAAGUCCCCCGCCCCCGCGCUGACGACGAACACCGACCUCAGCAGAAUUGUCCAAACAGCAUCGCGGACCCUGAGUCCUCGACCAUCGACGCAAACCUCCAUUUUUUCUGCUUCGGAUCAGGCACACACACCCGUAAAUGGACACCAAUCACUAUGGACCAAUUCACUGGUGCGACGGGCAAAAACACCGACAGAAAGGUUGGACAGAUCCGUUGUACAUCCAAUGACCACAAGCAAGCCGCUGUGCCAGUCUGAAGUCCGGGUACCAAUGGUCACGCUGAACGACAACGUUGAACUUUUAUCAGGUUACCCGGACGAUGCCAACUCCAGAUCCGCUUGGACCAAGGCGAACAAAAAUUCACGUAUUAAGCAGUUCUUCGCGGAAACUCGUUUCGUGUGGUUAUGCCGUUCUCGAAACCUAGUACACACCACCCAAUCAGCUAACGGUAUUAACGUGUCCUCAAACACAGCAACUUCCAGUCAAGUGGAUUUACUUCAUGAAACUCCUAACAGUCGCUCGAACUCCCUCCGCAUAACAAUUCCAGAGAGUUCUGGGAGUCACACGAAUUUGCCUGGGGGAAACAUGGUCUCCAAAGUGCCGCAAGCUAUUGUGCUUCGCGAAAAAGCGCACCUGGGUGCAAACGGGAUGCUGAAUCGUGAUACAUUUUCCAGGCAAUCUGUACCCUGUCUAUCCACGUCGCAAAUCCCAACGUCCUGGGUUUGUGACCGACCCAUCGAUUCGACCGCAGGCACUACCCCGCAGUUUGUUCAAGCGUCUUGCCUUGAUGUGAAUGCCAUCGAUGAGUCGGAAGAUAUAGAUUUUAUUCAUUGGGACAAAGACGUGGUGUCUGCGUGGAUGUACGAACUCGGACUGGGCUAUGCUGUACCGGCCACACGAAGAUGGUUGCGACGGGGGGCCGAUUUGGUCUACGCAUCACGCAAACAGAUCGAACACGUGUAG